CCUCAUUGCUUGCACCACCAGGAAUCUCCAUCCACCCUCCAAUUUCCCCCAUCCCAUUGCGGUCCGCCCUCCCUUCGCUGGUCCCUCGCUCGGCGCUCUCUCCAUGAUGCUCUCCCGCUCGAGCGCCUGCCGGGGCGCACAACGCGCUGUCUGCCAGGCCGUCCGCCCGGUCCAGCGCCGAGGACUUGCUGCCCCAGCGUCGGGAUCCUUCCAUUAUCAGUCCGGCGAGUCCAAGGGCAUCAAGUACGCCAGCCGGGAUUUCGCUGGCCCCACCACCACGCUUGCGUUGGUGUCCAAGGCCGGCUCCAGGUACCAGCCGCUUCCCGGCCUCUCGGAGGCUCUGGCGAACUACGCAUUCCGGUCAACCGCACGAAGGUCGACCCUGCGCAUCAUUCGCGAAUCCGAGCUUCUCGGAGCCGAAUUGAAGGCUUUCCACACUCGCGAGAACCUGAUUCUCGAGGCCAAGUUCCUCCGCGAUGACUUGCCGUAUUUCGUUGAGCUGCUCGGCGAAGUAGCUUCGUCGACCAAGUUUGAGCACCACGUCUACCUGGAGGAAGUUCUUCCCCUCAUCCACUUCGCCCACCAGAGGUUCCUCGCCAACCCUACCGACAUGGCCAUCAACUCCGCUCACGCCCUCGCAUUCCACAAGGGUCUCGGAAACCCCACGGCAUCCUCUUCGUCCAUUCCGUACACAAAGUACCUCAACCCCCCGGUGAUUGAGGGUUUCUCCAAGACCGCCUUCGCCAAGUCCAACUUUGCCGUCGUCGCCAACGGCGCUGACCACGGCGAGCUCUCCAAGUGGGUAAGCGAGUUCUUCAACGACGUACCGGCCGGCGGUGUCGAGCAGCUCCCCGGCUCGGAGCAGACCAAGUACCACGGAGGUGAGGAGCGUAUUGCGCACGCCAGCGGAAAUGCCAUGGUUCUUGCCUUCCCCGGCUCCAGCUCCUUUACCGGCAAGUUCUACAAGCCCGAGAUCGCCGUUCUCGCAUCCCUCCUUGGUGGCCGGUCCAGCAUCAAGUGGUCUUCCGGCUUCACCAUCCUCGGCCAAAGCAAGGCUUCCCCUUCGACAUCCGUCAACACCACCAGCGCCAUCUACUCGGACGCGGGUCUGUUGUACACUACCAUCACUGGCUCUGCGGAGAACGUGGCUGCCACCGCCAAGGCCGCCGUUGAGGCUAUCAAGAAGAUCGCGGCGGGCGAGAUCUCCAAGGAGCAGUUCACAAAGGCCAAGGCUGCUGCCAAGUUUAAGGAGCUCGAGUACGGCCAGAACAUUGAGGCUGGCCUGGAGCUCACAGGCGCCGGUCUUGUGCACGGCAGCAAGCCCUACCAGAUUGACGAGGUCGCCAAGGCCAUUGACGGCGUGACGGAGGAGAAGCUCAAGAGCGCCGCGAAAUCAUUACUAGAGAGCAAAGCGUCCGUCUCGGCCGUCGGUGACCUCUGGGUGCUCCCGUAUGCUGAGGAUCUCGGCCUCAAGGCGUAAAUAGAGGGUGGUAAAUGGAGUGUGGAGGAGUUGGGGGAGGGUUGAGCGGCGGAAAACCUUUUGAUGCGAUGUUGGGGCGAAGCUUGCAAUGUACCAUUACCUGUGACCUGUCCCAGAUAGAUGUGUCUUAUAGGAGCAUAUUAUCUCG